UAAAAACCCGCCCAAAAAGCUCAAGAAGAAGGUUCCCAAAGAGCCUCUCUCAGGUGGGGGAGAGAAGAAGCUGAAGCAGAAGGAAGACAAGAGUGACCCUGACAGCAAAGCCAAAUCUGCCAAAAGCACCAAGAAGGAGCCAAUGUCCGUGUUCCAGGUGAAGAAGGAGAAGAAAAGCAAGAAGAAAGCUGCCACCAGUAGUGAUGAGGAGGACGAUUCCGACUCCAGCACCAAACCCAUUAGGUCAGAGAAGAAGAAAAACCCAGCAUCCCUCUUUCAGACCGGAGGGGACCCCCCAAAAGAGAAAAAAUCCAAAAAGAAAGUUCCUCCCAAAGGGGCUGAGAGUGAGGAGGAGACCUCGGAGACCCUGCAGAAAAACUCCAACAAGAAGGGGAAAGCAAAGAAAUCAAAGAAGCAGAAGGAGGAGAGGCCCCCAUCCCCUGUCAUCGAGGUGGAAAACCUGGAGGAGUUUGUGCUGCAGCCAGCGCCGCAGGGAGUGACCGUCAAGUGCCGGGUGACACGGGACAAGAAGGGCAUGGACCGAGGGCUUUACCCCACCUACUACCUUCACCUGGACAAUGACAAGAAGGUGUUCCUCCUUGCUGGGAGGAAGCGUAAGAAGAGCAAAACCUCCAACUACCUCAUCUCCAUUGACCCCACUGACCUCUCACGGGGUGGAGAGAACUUCAUCGGGAAGCUGAGAUCCAACCUGAUGGGCACGAGGUUCACCGUGUUCGACAACGGCGCCAACCCCGACAGGGCCAACGCUGACUGGUCCAACGUGCGCCAGGAGCUCUCGGCCGUGGUCUAUGAGACCAACGUUUUAGGGUUCAAAGGCCCCAGGAAGAUGACUGUCAUCAUCCCUGGGAUGAACGCUGACUGUGAGAGGGUGCCCAUCCGGCCCAGGAACGAUAACGAUGGCCUCCUGAUGCGAUGGCAGAACAGGAACAUGGACAACGUGAUCGAGCUGCACAACAAAGCCCCGGUGUGGAACGACGAGACCCAAUCCUACGUCCUCAAUUUCCACGGCCGGGUCACCCAUGCCUCCGUCAAAAACUUCCAGAUCGUGCACAGCAGUGACCCCGACUACAUCGUGAUGCAGUUUGGGCGUGUGGCAGAUGACGCCUUCACCAUGGACUACAACUACCCCCUGUGCGCCGUGCAGGCCUUCGCCAUCGCCCUCUCCAGCUUCGACGGGAAGCUGGCCUGCGAGUAGCACCGGGGCUGCCGGGACCACUGGGGCUACUGGAGCUACUGGGGCUACUGGGACCACUGGAGCUACUGGGGCUGCCAAGACCACCAGGACCACUGG